AAAUGUAAAUGAUAACCGACUUCAAGAGAUUUUGACAUUUGCUUAAGCUGUUGCAAAAAUGCCAGGAGGAAAGGGCUGGAAGCGGAACAAAUCAUUCACUAGUGAAACGAAAAUUUCUUUUUCGAAUAUGCUUUACGGAAUUGUAGAUUUAAUCCGAAAAUUGCUGAAUGAAGAUCAUCAAUAUGUUCUUCCCGGAAUAUUUCAGACAGAUCGGUUAGAAGGAGAAUUUGGAAUAUACAGAUUUUUUUAUGCCAGGCAACUUUGUGGAGGCAAAUAUCAUGUUUCGGUUGAAGAAGUUAAAAAUAGUCUUCGUUUACAACGCCUGAAGUUGUUUAGUAAAUUGGAUGCUAUGGGUGUAGCUAUUUCUCAAUGCUCAAUUAUUCAAUCAGAGUGUUGUCAAUUAGAUCUGAAUGAGGAUGACAUUAGUUAUCUUGAUACAUCUGUCUCUUCAAUUGAUGCAAUUUCCGAAGAAGAAAAUGCUGCCCUAUAUUACAUUUCGGGUUAUGUCCAGCAUAAAUUUUUACCAAGUAUAUCCGUAUCUGGUACCUUUGUUACCAAUGCAUCUAAGUUUACUGAGUUAGUAUCUUGUGGUCGACUAUGUCACCCUACUGAGGAUCUAUUUCAAUAUGUCAGAUAUGCGUAUUCUCUUUUUAUUUUAUUACCUAAUGCAGAGAUGCGGUUCCAGUGCGUUAGAUACAUUUCUAAACUUUUUAUAUAUUUCUAUACAGCUUUACCUUUUGAUUUACAAGCAUUACCAAUCAACACAGUUGUUUCCACCAUUUUGAAUUGUUUUUUCAAGGGUCUAACAAAAUUGAAUGAAUCGUCAGACAAAGUUUCUUUAAAUAUUGAAGACCACAAAGUUAAAAAGUUUUGCAAAUAAAUCAAACAACAUGCA